CGGUGAUGGUUCUGCGCAGAUUUUGCUCAUCUCAAACAAGCCUAGUGACGGCACUCCCUGUCCCCUCUCUUCUUCUCACAGCUAUCCAAGGCCAUUUAAGUUGCAUUUUCCAAAAAGAUUGUGAGCUUGACUUGAGUUGAAAGAGGGGGGUUUCAUGAAAAAAAAAAAAUGCAGAUCUGUUUUGGAAGAGCUAAAAGUGAUGAUGUAAUUUUACUAUAUCACGGGUCUUACAGGGUUAAUUCAGACACCGACUUUGUCCAAAAAUAUACGGCAGUUCAAAUUGCAGCUGACGAAAUCAGAACGAAGCCGUCGAAGAGAAAUUUAAAUAGGCUAUUCAGUGAGAAACUUAAAUAGGCUAUUCAGUGUAGGCUAUUAUAUUUACUCUCAGAGUUCUCUCAGAUGGACACACUCUUCUGAUUUUUCUCAUUCUGCACUGUUGCUGCCAUUCUGCACUGUUGCUGCCAAAGGGUGGAUUUUGGAACACACCAUGUCCCGGCCAAAUAAAAAGAAACCAGGUUCCUAGCCUGCCUCCAGUCUUAUCCUGUACUCAUUGGAUUUACAAGAUGUCGGCAGAAAACAGCAACGGGACCGAUGUAGACUAUGAUUAUAUCAUAAACAUAUUGAAAACAGUAGGAACAAAUUCAAGCAGUAAUGAGUACAAAACUCAAAUCUGGAUGACCUACUUCAUUACAUAUUGUAUUGUUCUCAUCCUUGGCGUCACCCUCAACUUCACUGUUGUUGUCAUCAGCUGCCGGAAAAACCAGAGUUUUCAGGAGGUUGCCAUUUGGAUUACGGCAUUGGCUGUGACACAUUUAGUCUCCUGUACAUCAGUUGUGUUUCAGCUCCUGUAUGCUUACAAUAACUUUCAAUGGAAUUACGGAAAUGCAACUUGCAAGCUGUCAUCCUAUAUCCUCUACGGCAGUAUGUUCUUCACGGCAGCCAUGCUGAGUCUCUGGAGCAUUAAAUCUACUUUUUCAAAGAGCAGGUGCACACAAAAGAUGAAGAAUUGUAACAUCAUUCUGAUUUCAUUCUCUUGGAUUAUUGCAGCAGUCUUGGCAUGUCCUUCACUGUUUUCCAGAGAGGUCCAAUAUUUUCAGUGCAUUGAUGACUAUGACUGGGAAGACACCAAAACAACUCAAGAAGGCACUAGAAGGCUGAAGGCUGUCGUUGUCAUGCGAUUUCUCCUCGGGCUAUUGGUGCCAGCUUUGGUAAUGUUUCUAAGCUGCUGUUUGACAUUCUCUCACAAAACAUGUGAAUCUUGCAGGAAGAAGGCACAAAUCAUCUGCGCUAUAAAGAUGGUCUACUUUGUGUGCUGGGGCCCUCAAAUCUUCUUAACUAUGCUUCAGGCCACUGUAAGCGGCAGCCUGGGUGAAAACAUUUUAAAAUAUGGACUUCCAGCUUCUACCGUACUGGCCGUAAGCCACCCCUUUACCAGUCCACUCAUCUUUCUGUUACUGGGACGCAGUUUUAAAAUGAAGUGGAUGGAUCAUGACCCAAAUCACAUUGAUGAGAGGGAAAUGGGGCCCUUACAGAGGCAGUAAAGGGGCAUCUUUAAGCAGUAGAAAAUGUAGAGAAUGUGGAGUCUGCCAGGUGGGGCUCUCUCAACCUCACAGCUGAAAAACUUGAGAAAAAACUUGGGCUGAGUUUCCCGAUAACGUUGUCUCUUAACUUACAGAAGGUAUACUUAACUAAGAACGUUUCGGGAAACACGUAUUAACGAUAAGGUACAGCUUAAGGUGUAACUUAAGAACGACGUAGCGUUAAGAAGGUUUCGGGAAACUCAGCCUGAACAUUGUUCACGCACACACAGGGGUGCAAGCUUCAAAAAAAAAAAAAAAAAAAAAAUCGCUUUCACCUCAGAGAGGAAUUCAACAAAGUUCCUUCCACCACACACACACACACACACACACACACACACACACACACAUUUAGCUGUUAUGCAUUAAGAUGUAGAUUUGUAUUCCGGUUAUGUGUGUAUAUUCUCUGCUUGGUACCAUUUUAAUUCUCACGGUCCAGCUGAAUAGUUGAGACAUAGGUACAGUUGAGACACCUUAAAUAACUUGCGCGCGCAGCCAGUAUUAGUGUCCUCUUUGAUCGUGGGAAAUUUGUCAAUGGACGCAUCUCCGAUCCGAGGAUAUCUGCAAAAGUUAUUUUUGUAAGGGAAGACAUUCACUUCACCAUGCACACUCCACAAUGAAUCGCUUAUUAUCCUUUAGUGACAUAACUGGUAUUAUCACAAACGUUAUUCUGUGCCCUAAAAACGGGCAUAUUUCAUGGUAUUGUGUCACGCAUGGUCAUUGCAAAAUUUAGAGAAAUGCGAGUGCUGGCCAUCACACGCUGUUUUGUUGUUCAGUGUUAUGAUAACAGGUUAAAUGUCAUAAUUAGCCAUCAUAAGCCACAAAUUAAAUAAAAAUUUGGUAUUUGUGAUAAUUAAACAGUGUAUUAUUAAUGAACAUAUAAAAUAUAUUGUUUCUGUUUUAUAAAAUUUAACUAAAAUUAAUGAAUUUGAAUGGAUGAAAACAAACAUGUUGCCCAAUUGUUAUUUUUUUAUUUGUCUUUAUUUAUUAUAUUUUCAAUGAACGAUUAGUUACCAACUGUACCAUGGUACCCACAUAUGAGUA